AUGGGGAUGACUGCACUGUUGCUUGCACUAGUAUUAUCGAGCAGCGGGUGGCUACUGCUGUGUUUACUUCGUACUAAAGCGCUUGUAGGUGUUCCGGUGUUGACGCUGCUUCGCUUUACCUUUGCUGUGCGUUUACAGGCAACAAUCUUGUGGCUUUCUGGUGUCGCUCCAGAUCUCCCGAAAAUCCCUGACGUCGGUCAACUGCCUGGAUCAGUACUGCGAGUGUUAGGCAACAAUCCGAGUCGAUUGACGUUAAGUGGCACCAACGUUUACGUUGUGGGCACGGGCUCCAGUCGGUUGUUGAUCGAUGCCAGUGAUGGCAAUUACGCGUUUGUCAAGAGGUUGAUGCAUGUGUGUGAACGCCACGGGGUGCGCGAAAUCUCGGAUCUAUUGGUAACUCAUGGCCACUUGGACCAUGUAGGAGGAAUGCUGCAGCUAAGGCAACGGUUUCCUACGAUGAAGGUGUGGAAGUAUCUCCCUGUUGAAGGUAAACAGGGUGAUGGCGACGGAGAUCGACGGUUGAGACUGAAGAACGACGAGAGUCGGCGUCUGGGGAUUCGCCCGCUCGUAGAUAAGCAGCAGUUCAAAGUGCCGGGUGACGGCGUGUUGACGACAAUGUACACUCCAGGGCACAGUAAUGACCACGUUUGCUUCAUGUUGGAUGGCGUGGAAGAUCUCGAAGCUCCCGCGCUAUUUUCGGGUGAUUGCGUAUUGGGCGUUGGUAGCUGCAUGUUUGACUCGCUUGGUGACCUCAUGACAUCUCUGGCGAAGUUGAGUGGUUGUGGCGCUGUUACCAUUUACCCGGGGCAUGGACCUGUGGUCAACGAUGCACCUACAAAGAUUUGUGAAUACCUUGCACACCGACAGCAGCGUGAAGAUGAAGUGCUAGAUGUGCUGAAAAGGCACGGAGACCGCCUCAGAGGAAUGUCGUUGCCAGAAAUCGUAGACAACAUCUAUGAGUCACUACCGUAUGUUCUACGUCUGUCUGCGAGGAAGGCAAUUGACAAGCACUUGCAGAAACUGCUAGCAGAAAACCGGAUCCAGCAGAUUCGUUCAGCUGGCUGGUUCCAGAGUGCUACGCAUGGCUUAUGCUAA